CUGCCCUCCAGCAUGCUGAGCAUCAAACUGCCCCAACUGUUCCACAUCCACCAGGUUCCCAAGGUGUUCAGAGAGGACAACAUCAUCUCUGGGUACCGUCACCCUCACAGCUCAGCACUGGAUUGCCUCCUCAGCAGCUUCCAGAUGACCAAUGAGACCAUCAACAUAUGGACACACUUCCUGCCCACAUGGUACUUCCUGUGGCAUCUGUGUGUCCUGUGCUCCACCCUGAACUUCCUGAGUGACAGCUACACCUGGCCUCUGCUGGUUUACAUGCUGCUGGUCUGUAUUUACCCCUUCACCUCCAGCUGCGCUCACACCUUCAGCACCAUGUCGGCUGAGUCGCGCCACAUAUGCUACUUCUUCGACUAUGGAGCACUCAGCCUCUACAGCCUGGGAUGUGCCAUCAGCUAUAGACACUAUGUCAUGCCCGACUCGUGGCUCAACACAUGGCUCCACCACCACUUUGUUCCCAUCUCCAUCGGGAACUCACUUCUGUGCACCAGCUUAUCCUGUUACUCCAGGUUUCUGGAAAUGCAGUUUCCACAGAGAAGUAAAGCAAUGCGGACCGGAGCGUUUGUCAUUCCCUUUAUAUUUGACACAGUGCCUUUGUUCUACAGGGUGCUGCUGUGCUGUGGAGGGAGCUGCUGUCCUGCUGAAGCCUUGCCCAGUCACUGUUACCACCUGCUGUUUGCCAUUCUCACCUGCUUCCUGUUCACGGCUCGCCUUCCUGAGCGCCUCGCUCCGGGACGCUUCGACUAUGUGGGCCACAGCCACCAGCUGUUCCAUGUCAGCGCCGUGGUGGGGACCCACUUCCAGAUGCGGGGCGUGUUGGCUGACAUGGCCUCCCGCAGGACUGUCCUGCUGGCGCGUGGCGCAGCGCCGUCCUUCCUGGGGACAGGCGGAGCUCUGCUCCUCGGCCUGCUGCUCAACCUCACCCUUAUCGGCUGCUUCAGUGCUCCACUGCUGCGGAGGGCUGUGGCCACCACCGGCAACAAGAACCUGUGA